GCGUCAUUCCACCCCAAUAUCAAAUCCAUAAUCUCAACAUACGUCUUCUUCUUCAUUCUCAAGCUUCUAGUGGAAAACCAAAAAAGGAACCGCAAAAAUGGCCAAAGUGACCGAAUACCAGACCCGCGUAUAUACCCUCUUGCAGCAGAUCCCGGAGGGACGAAUCACUUCAUAUGCUGCCAUGUCGAAGGCGUUGAAUUCAUCACCACGGGCAGUCGGCGGUGCGCUGAGGAAUAAUCCAUUCGCUCCGGAGAUUCCGUGUCAUCGCUGUAUCGCGAGUACGGGCUUCAUCGGCGGGUUCAAGGGAGACUGGGAGAAAGUACCAAGCGGGCAGAAUCAGACGUCAAAACUGGAGUUAUUGAAGGGGGAGGGCGUGUUGUUCGAUCAGAACGGGAUGCUGAUAGACAAGACGCUGUGGUGGGAUGAUUUCAAUCUGAAGAAGCUGUGAUCGGGUUGCAUUUUGACAAUAUGGUUGUCUUCUCUGUACAAAAUUAUCCGUCUAAUGAAUAAUGAAUAUCAUACACAUUGCC